AUGAGUGAGAACUCGAGUAGUCAUGGUCACGCACAGCGUUUGAUGCAGCUGGAGAACUACGCGACGCGGAUCGCCGCCACGAAGGCCCUACUUCGUUCCAACUCCGAGCAGGUCCCCCAGCUCCCCCUUGGCUGUUCUUCAACAAGUUUCAGGCUCGCGACGAGGUUGCCAGCGCUGUUUCCGCGCAGAUUUCUCUAGUUCGCUCACGCGAGCAACAGCUUCUGGCAGAACUCUGCCGCGUUCAUCGUGCCAAGGAGGCCAAGAUUGCUGAGAAACAGAAGCUUUUAUAUCAACACAUCGGUUAAUUUUCAUCGAAGUAGAACAAUUAUUAAUAUUUCUUCAAGGCAGACCACUUUAAGAACAUAAUUUAGGUAUUACUAAACUUUAAAAAGAAAUUUUUAUUGGCAUCAAUAAAAUUAGCUAUAGAAAUAAGAAAAGAAUAUAUAAAAUGUUUAAGACCCUUUCAUUCUCAAAAUCAUUCAUUCUUUUUUGUAAAAUAAACUUCAAGAUAUUAUGUUAUCAAAGCUCAAGGAAAGCAUAAAUAUUUAACUUUUUCACUAUUUUCAGGCGCAUGUCAACAAGCCAUCGAAACACUGCGACAAAACAAAGACGCUAAUCCGAUAGCGCCUCUGCCUGAGUUUUGAUCAACUGCACUACCUUCUUCAUUUGUGGUUUCUAGACUGAACGGUCUCAACCUCAAUGAGCUGGAGGACGUCCGCGUCGAGUUUGAAGCCGAUCUUCUGGCCGUUCGCCACCAACUCAACCGUUUUGGAAAGGUCAAUAGCGGGCGCAAGUGCUCACGCAGGCCUCCGCAAACGGUUUGAAUCUUUCAAAUCUUCGAUUUCAUCACAAAAUGUAAGAUAAAUCCGAAUAAUCAAAUGUUUUCUUUUUCAAAAUUAUGCAGAAAAAGUGAAAAUUGAGAGCCUUACCUACACUUGCGCUCUAAUUAAUUUUUUUUUUCAUGUUGCAAAUUUUUAACCAGUUCACCCUUUUUUAUUAAUUAUCUACUUGAAAGUUUUCCUGUCUGAAACCUUUUUUCAAAAGAAACAAAAGGGUCUGUGUGAUACCAUUUUGAUGAAGAUACCAGAUAGUAUCUCUGAGAAAGGAGCUUUAAACGAACAAUGAACAGAAACUAGUAAACUAAAAUUUUGAGGUUGGACACAGCUUGCCAAUGGAGCUGGAACACUACGAUGAAGAUAUUUGGCUUUCGAAAAAGUACUUCGCCGGAAAUCCUGCCGUCGUCCCAGUGGCUCCAGUUGAUCUCGUAGAUCAGUCUAAUUGAUCAAAAAUUUCAUUUUCUUUUUUAGGUCGACGGCUGGCUGAGCAAAUUGUCCUCUGAGCAGGGCAACGUAGAGAGAUCGAAUGAAGAGGUUCGAAAAAAGCAAAAGUUCUCUGAUGAACUGGACAAAGUUUAGAUGGAGGCGACGUUCGAGAGCGUCGACUUCUCCGAAAGCGCGUCGUCUUUCGAAAUCGUGAGGCCAUCCUCGAGGGCUGACGUUGAACUUUCUGCGCCUGGCGACGUCCUCAGCAAGGAGUUCAUGGAGGUUUUUUUCCUAGGCCUCAGAAAAUAGAAGGUUUUCACCCAUGUAUGUAGAUGAAGUGAUUGGCUCAGAAGUGAAAAAAUUCAUUCCAAUUUAAAAAUGUAAAGGGAAUUUCCUACUUUCCGCGAUUUAUUAAUUUAUUCUCUGAUUCAUUUUGAGUUGUGGAAUUGUUUUCCGGAUUUUUUGGUUUAAUAUUUUCUCUUCUCCUUUUUCCACGCCGAUGAAGCUUCGCGGCGUUCAUGGCAAACGCAUUGAAACUUUUGAAUUGAUGAAAUAUACCGUUUUCCAAAAAGUCUUUUUAGAGCUUGCGCCGUCCGAUGUGCGAAUGGCUUCUCCGUGUCGCGUCUUCCGCAAAAGAGCAAGAAGUUCAGCAAGUCCAACCCACAGAUAUUCCUCUUCCGACUACGACUGGGUAGCUUGAUCACGCUUGCAUUAUUCAUGAAGUUCAUUUCCAGAAACUAUCAGUUUGAAGACGUCAUUAGGAACAUCCAGUGGUCGAACAAUACCAAGUGGGUGGCUAAAAAUCAAGAUUUCGAAGAAGAGGUACGGUCUCUUGGGAAACGUAGCAGGAAAUUUGAGAUUCAGCAGUCUUGCGUGACCGCUUCAACUGUACGCCCGUCCGAAGAUAGUCAAAAAGUGGAUGUGGGUUUCAAUGAUAAAAAAUAAUUUUUUUUUUCCUUUUUAUUCUGCGAAAAAUUGUUCGAGAGUUUUUUGAAUUUGUAGAUAAAUACUUCGAUGUUUUUUUGCUAAUUUUUAUCUUUUUUUAGACGGGGAAUUUUUAAAUUAGAGCAGCUGGCAACACCUCACGAGGUAAAUACGUGCAUGAAAAACUGCAGCUAAUUUUGGAAGCUGGCUCCUUCAUCUAGAUACCAAAAGUGCAUGAAGAAUUUUUUUAUGAAUAAGAAAAGGGAGGAUUAUUUACUUUCGAGAUAACUUUCGAGAUUUCUAAUGAAAAAGAAAGAAACCUGCCGCUGAUUCUUCGAAGCCAAUUUUGAAAAAAAAAACGAUAAAAGCGUUAAGCGAAUAAUUUCCACUAGAUCCAGAAAUUCGGAACUGAAUAUCAACUUUCUCCAUUAGGAUGCUUCGACUACGAGCGAAGAAACGCUGAUCGCCAACCUCGUGACACUUUUCGAACGGUCCAUCAGUGGAAUGUCGACUCCAGAUGAGCCCGUGAGACUUGAAGACGUCGCCGCUUGGCGGGUGAGUCUCCUUCUUUUAGCAAGUCGAUAAAUCUCCAUUUAUAGGAGAUCCUACGGCAAAUGCAUUCCUCGACGGCAUGGCUACGACGCUAA